UUUAGUUUAAUCACGAUUUGGGGGCACAAGGCAUCACACGUGGCGAAAUCCUGCCCCUUGAAAGAUAAAGAUUCAAGAAUCUUCUCUCCACAUUCAUUUGAGCUGUUACCACUGAAAAUUUUGGCACAGAUCCCCUUCUCUUUCUCUGUUGCUCACAGUCUAUUUGAAAGUAAUUUCGCCUGAUAAUCUGUGGCAAAAAACCUGAGCCCGAGAUGGCGGAUGAUCACAAGGAAGAGGAGAAAAAGGACGAGUCUUUGAUGGAGAAGAUCGCUGACAAGAUCCACGGCGGCAGUUCAUCGUCUUCAUCGUCGUCGUCGGAUUCUGAGGAUGAUAAGACGUCGUCGUUUAAGGCCAAGGUCUCCCGACUCUUCGGGAGGGAGAAGCCUGUUCAUAGGGUCCUCGGUGGUGGCAUACCUGCUGAUGUGUUUUUAUGGAGGGAUAAGAAGGUUUCGGCAGGAUUGUUUGGUGUGGCCACCUUAAUUUGGGUUCUCUUUGAUGUCCUUGAAUACCAUUUGCUCAGUUUCAUUUGCCACAGUUUGAUCCUUCUGUUGACUGUUCUGUUCUUGUGGUCGAAUGCCUCCACAUUCAUCCACAAAUCUCGUCCAAGAAUCCCGGAAGUGAGUAUCCCUGAAAAGCCAUUGCUCGAAUUUGCCUCUGCUUUGAGGACUGAAAUCAACCGUGGAUUUGCAGUUCUGAGGAAUAUUGCAUCUGGUCGGGAUGUGAAGAAAUUUCUCUCUGUCAUUGCUGGCUUGUGGGUUUUGUCAGUCGUGGGAGGCUUCACCGACUUUUUGACUCUUCUUUAUACAAUUACUGUGCUGCUGUUCACCGUGCCUAUCUUUUACGAGAAGUACGAGGACCAAGUGGACUCUUUUGCUGAGAAGGCACUAGCUGAGCUCAAGAAACAGUAUGCCGUAUUUGAUGCUAAAGUUCUGAGCAAGAUCCCUAGAGGGCCAUUGAAAGGCAAAAAGUGGGAAUAAGUUUAUUGAGUAUGUGUUACUAUAUAUAUAGUUUACUAAAUACUCGACCUAUGCAUGUGUUUAUAAGAAUUUCUUUGUUGUUGGCUAUGGUGAAUUGCUCUUUAAUGGCAUGUUUUCUAGUCUUACAUUGAAUUCAGAAUGGUGUGGUUGGAACGAUUUGGACUUCUGUAAUCGACAUGUUCAACGGUUUGUUUGGUAGUGGAUUUUUCUUGUUUAAAAUGCUCAAGUAUUGUGAAGAAUAUUGUUAUUGCUCCAAGAAGACUACCUUGUAUAUAUGCUAAUAAGAUGAGGUAGAGAUAUAAAAGGCAGUAACUUUGAACUUGAAAAGAUGUUAUUCAAUUUUUGUAGUCUUAUACUAAGUUUGUUCUUUCAAUUUUCUUCAAAUUUUGUAGUUGUA